CUCACUACGCGUAGUGCCAGUCGCGCCGCGAGCCGCGUCAAGGCAGCACGUCCUCCGCGCCGUACGCCGCUGACUCUAUGAUAUCAUACAUGCUAAUCUCUAAUAUAACAACCGAGUGACCGCAGUGGAACGAUAUCGCGACUCGCGAGUGCCGAAUGUGAGUGGACGUCACCGCUUGUAUUUUUCCACCGGUGUAUACUGGCGAUACUGACCCGCGGCCUGAGAUGCUGCGUCCGUGACCGUCUUGCGACAGUGCCACGAAACCUCGUCCAAUGAUCUCGGCGAGUCUCCCCGGCGAGGCGCUGGUUCAGCUGCAGCUCAGCCAGCUGUACCCGCCGCCCAGCAUGACGCCGGAAUUCAUCGCUCCUCCACCGCGCCCCUACCCGCGGUACCCACCCCGUCGUCGGGAUCCAAUGCCGGCGCCGCCAGCCCCCGGCCCAUUCGCGCCUAGCCCCGCAUCCUACCCCUACCUGCCACACCCUACCCCCUACCCAUACAUCUCAUACGGCACCAGAACAAGGCCGCCGACCUACCCUCUGCGGCCGAGACCCACUUCGGGCUUCGUACCACCAGCGCCAGCCCCACAUUUACCACAUUCACCGCCAGUAUCCGCACCGGCGCCGCAACCGCUGCCGAGAGAGGAGCCUCCAACUUCACCUGAAAGAGGUAUUCCAACGCCUUACUUCUGUAAGGGAGCGUUGAUACGUUUAGAAGACGGAUCUCUGCGGAAGGUGGAAGAGAUGCGUACAGAAGACUUUAUGAUGAGUGCAGAGCGUAGCGGAGAACUAACACUCACGCAAUGUACAUUGCUUCGUUUGGACGAGCGCGGGGAUCGCCUCGCGCUGACUCUCUCCUACGAUAGAAAUCGUUCCCAGGUGGAGCUAGAAUCGACGGUAGAACACCCAUUCUUCGUAUACGGUCAAGGCUGGGCUUCGUGUAAACCUGAGCGCACACUAGCGCGGUAUGGACUGCAGGUUCAUAGAUUGCAAGUUGGCGAUCUAUGUGUGACUCUGGUCGCCCGCAAGCACACGACGCCAGCGAUCAGUCACGGUCCCGCUCCUCCUCAGACUCACCCUGAGAACCUCAGCGUGAAAGAAGACGCCAGCAAAAGACGCUGGUCGGCGUCCGAUGUAGACGACGGACCGCCUCUGAAAAAACGCUAGCUCGCUAAGCAAAGUGAAAUCUAGCUCGCCAUUGUUGUUCUUACACAAUCAACUGAUUCAUUGGAACAGAAUUCGAGACUCGAAAGUCUGAACUCUGGCUGAAGGAACAUUUAAUAAUGUGGUGAAACGAGGAAUAGUUACAUUGAUCGCCCCCAGUGAGUUAAGUCGUGUUUAUUAUCGUGUGUUGUUACGGACCGUCAUGUAAUGUUUCCUUAGCGAUCAGCAACCGUACGCUUAUAUUCUAUUCGGAAACUAGGUGCUUUUUUCUAUCGGGUGCUUCUAUACGCGUUUGUGUACAAUGUUGUAAAUAUGUUAUUUGUUAGGUCAAACGAACAUACACUAUGUUUAACGUAAUGUGUUUUAAAAUUAUUUUACACUAAAUUUUUAUGUAACUGACAAAUUACUCAAUGUAAACCUAAAGCCAUAUUUUUUCAGAUAGCUAUUGUAUUAUACUUUAAUUAAGAAUAUAUAAAGUAGAAAUACUAUAAAAGGGAUCAUAGUUUAUUGCCAGUUACUGCUUACAUAGUUAAACGCAACACAUUACUCUUCCUUUUUGAAAGCUCUCGAUUAUGCUCAAUAGGUGCUAAUAGUUUUGCUACAAGAUACCUAAAUUUAAGCGUAUUUUGAACACGAACAGCCAGUUUCUAACAGUAGUGUCUUUAACAAUCUUAUUUACAACCAAAGCUAACAUAUAUAUUCGAAUAGGAACUGGUAAAACCAAAUGAAAGUAACAUUUUAAUUUGAUUAUGUACCAUGCAUUUCAUUGUCUUAAACGUAAACUAUUCCGGGCACAAAGAAUACGUUUCCAAGAUCUUAAUGUAGGUUAGAUAUUGUGAUAAUUUAUGAGAUUCCAAAUCUGUCGUCGCGGCAGUGCGUUACACAAACGGAAGGUACAAUGACUUAGUCAACUUUUACCGACUGAUCCUCGUUCUAACCGUAUAACCUUCACAUGUAACCGCAGUCUAGCUUAUUUAGUUCGUUUCAAUGGUUGUGACUGCACACAUAUCCGCGAUCAUUAUCGUUAUUUUGUACCCGCGAGCAAAUUUAAAUCUAUAUAUACAUUUAAUUUUGAACCUUCCUUUCCUGUAGUGAGAUUUAGGCGCCGAAUUAUUGCUUCUAUACAAUAAUAAAAAAUAAAAAAAUUCUGACAAAUAAUUCGUUCAUAUAAACUUUGUUAUAACAAUGAUAUAUAUAAAGAAAUAUGUCCAAUGGUCAUGGUGUCGGAACACCGUGCCCAUCGGCUGCGUCCACGUGUGAUACACAUAACUUUUCUAUGAGAUGAUGUAUACAUAAUUAACACACCGACUGUGAUAUUUUGUAGUUAUUGGUCAGAGUAGAUAUGAUGUAUUGCUUGAUCAAAAAUAUAUGUGUUAGAAUUUUAAGCGCGUUAUUGGUAAGAAAUGUAUAGUUAUUGUAAACUCGGAAGUAAAUACGCAGAUAAAUUAAAUCUUAUAUUAAAGAAAAAAAAUAAUGAUGAAAGUAGAGUCUGUGAUUAAUAUACAUAUAUCGCUAAUAUAUUGUCAGACAAGAGCAAUGCCAUAUCAUUAUCAAAUUGAUUUUAUAUAUUAAGUAAAUGUUAACGUUUUAACAAAUCUAUUAUUUUUAUAGUUUGCAUAAUAUGGACAAUUUGAACUCAAUCCAACUUACAGAUGGAAAUUUCUUAACAAUUUUUAAUUAGAAUAAUUUUAAAUCCGUUUCACAAAAGCACCACUGUUCACAACACUGCUGUAAGCCCAUCCAGUAAUUAGGUUUUUAUAUGAACGGCUUGAUUUUAUGGUUUGAUUGUAUCUGGACGACGUUACAUGCCUCUUGAUCGUAUGAUAUGAUGCUAUACGGUUAUGAAUGUCAGACCAUAUAGAGUAUGAACAUCGACGGCGGAAGGUGUCAUAAAAAAAGUUAAUAAUUUGUUGUAUAAUGUAUGUAAUUCUAGUUUUAUCGUCUUUAUUAUUAUUAUUUUUAAAUGUAAUGAAAGAUCUCAUUUUAUUAAUCGGUAUUUUCUAACAAGGCGCUAUCAUUAGAUCAUGACUAAGCCUACCUCACAAACUAAGACUCGUUCCUCGCGACGGCCCCGGACGGCGAAGUCAGUGCGGGUCGUCGCUAGCAAGUCUAAACAAGAUCUCAAUUUGAUGAAAAUAAACAUUUAAAAAGACUGGGACGCUUUACUGAAUGUUGUGGGUUAGUAGUUUCUUCGAUAUUACUUAAAUUAUGAAGAUAGGAGCAUUUAUUUUAGAGGCGCGACGCUUCGGUUUCGGGAUAGACAGACGUUUAGUACAAAAUUCGUUACAAAAAGUAUUAUUUCCCAAAAUCUAAAUUCAAAAAGUAUUAAAUUAUUUUCACUGAAGGGUGCUAUGAGAUUAUCUGUGGAGUUGUUCGAGCACAAUCGCGAUAAACAAAUAAAAAAAACGUAUUGCUUAUAAAUAGAACUACUCAAUGACAUUUACUAGCUAUUAUGCAAAAUAAUGACAUAAUAAUAUUGUUGUCAAAGAUCUAUAUUAUAACCCCAUGACUGUCAUUUAGAUAUUUUGGAAAAAUACUUCACGUUCCCAAAAUUAAAAAACCCGAGUUUCAAAUAAUAUUCUUAAAUCAUAAAUAGGUUUCCGUGUCUAUAAAAUAGAAUGGAAAUCUAAAUUCGCACAAAAGUGAACAACUCCAUAUUAAUUGGAAGUAAUGUAAUUGAAACAUUUAUCUGAACGAGUAGAUUUCAAAAUUAAAGUAAGUUUAACAAUAUCCAAUACCACAACAUUGCAUACUUAAUUAUUUCGAUAAAGUGCAAAGUUCGGGGUUGGUUAAACUUUUAGUGUGGGUUAAAGAGUUGCCGGCUAGGAAAUUUAAUAAUCUAGGGCUGGUUAUUGGAACAAUAAAUAUUUUUCGCGCCUUUGAUAGGGAUAUUUAAUGGGUCAAUUAAUUAUUUGUAAAAACUGAAUCUGUGUUAUCACUUCAGUUUAAUUCUUGCUUGGGCACCCGUUAUUUCAUUCCUUCACACUUUUUAAAAAUACUUUUGCUUUCUUAAACACAAUUUUAAAUUAGUUCCACUGCAACUGCAACCAUAUAAAAAUUCAUAAUUUUUUAUUUAGACAUUCAUUUGUUAUUAACAGUAAAAUAUUAUUAAAUUGUAGUAACAUAAUGCAUUGCGUAAAGAUUGUCGUACUUUAAUUUAAAUUUGAAUUUUACUUCUCAAAAUAAAUAAAUACAAAGCAUUAUGUUACUCUUAUAUCAUAAAAUAUAUAGAUAAGUAUAAAAUUGUAUUUUCCACGUGUUUAACAAAUUUUUUUACACUGGUUAUUUCUUUAUUGCAUUGCCCAAAUAUUUGUAACUUUUUCAAUUAAAAAUUGUUUUUUUUUUUAAAAUAUAUAAAUAGGGUGCAUGUGUUAUUUGGAUGUUAUUUGCAUGACUGAGAUAUUAGAUGUUAUAAGAAUAAUUACAAUACAGUGGUAAAUUAAAGAAUUUUAAAUGUAACUGUUUGUUGCCAAUAUUAGGUGUGGCCAGUACAGGUCUUAGGGGAUUGUUCUUUCUCUAAGGUUAUGGUUGACAUAGUAAUAUUAAUUAAUGAUAGCAACCCUAUAAAAAGUUGACACAUGAUAGUGCCAUAAGCUCGUCUCACACUUAGCUACUGUCACUUGACAACCAAUUUUCAUAUAUAUCAGAUGAUCCCUUAAUAUAACUUUAAACAGUUAUUUUGGUAGCUAGAUGUGAUUCGUGCUUCUUUAUCGGUGUGAUAUAACUUUCUGGUAAGGUAACGACCAAAGUGGUGAAGCCUCAAUAAUAUAUAAUGACAUCUUAACAUAAACAAUUUUAUUGACAUUUGUUUUAAUUUUCAAGUUUCAACUUACUUCGUAUGUUUAUCAGCUGUCUUCGAUGUGUUAGUGUGGGAAAUGUGUCAUUUAAAUAAGAGUUAAAUAUUAAUCGUUAUUAUAUGACAAAUAUGGCAAAUAUAUAUUUUAUUGUAGAUCGAGACGAGUACUAUUCAGAUAAUGUAAAUGAAAAUGUUAUAGAGGGAGAUGUUUAAAAUAAGUUAACUGUUUGUAAAAAGAAAGAGAGAAUAUGUAUAAUUGAAUAUUUGCUA